UUGUCAUAGUGUUGAUGUCUUCCUAAUAAAAGAAUGGAAAAUAGAACUAAAGAAUUAUGUUAAAAUUAAGUUGGAUCAAAUUCAUGUUAUUUUUGUGAUCGAAAACUCCAUAUUGUCAAUUUAAAAUCUUCAUUAUUGGUAAUUUAUGUAUUUUAACUUUGUCUCAGAUUCUUCGUAUUCACAGACAGUGAGGUCAAUUGUCGUUUUCUACCACCCUCAUUUCAUAGGGCACCAUUUUAUCAGUUAUUGGGAGCUGUAGCUUACAAAGCUGAAAAAUCAGUGUACACUCAUACAAAUGAACGAAUCAUAUUGUCCAAAUAGUGACGCAAUAACAAGUAUCAUCUGAUACUUGCAUAUCAGACGCAAGUCAGAUACGUACUCAAAGCAGUAAAUUUAAUUUUAAUAUAAAGGAUGACAACUAAAUUUCUUCUUGUUUAAAUCCGCAAUAAAGUCCACUAAUAUCAGGCAAUGUAAAUUGUUGAUGAAGACAUUUUUUCAUCGUUUAUACCCCCCACUCGAUUUUGGAAGUAAAAACAUAAACACGAAAUUCUUCAGAUAAUUUUUCAAGGAAGUGCACGGAACAGAAUCAGCGCUCAUAGCGCCAGCAUUGAUUUGCGCCUUCAGUGACUUUCACGACUAAAAUAUUUAUUUCCUGUUUGUGCAAAUACUGGAACGCUGGAGAAACCUCUCUUCUGUAACUAAUUGAAAAUAUGAUUUAGUGGGAAGAUGCAUGAUGAUCAUGUCUAAAUCGGUGCUUCAGCUCCCCAUACAACCAUUUUGUCACGCUUUAUCAAUGAUUGUUCUUAAAUUUUUAAUUUCAAUCUAAAUUUUAUGGAAUGAAAAAUUUAGUGCUAUUAUAGACGAACGGAGUACAGGAAAUUUGGCUUGUAGACAGUACAAGUUUCAAUAGUUUAUUUGAGGUUUACAUCCAUGAAGCACCACGUUUCAAUGUUGACGUGUAAGUUUCGAACAAGGUACCUAAGAGUAUAUUUAUUCGUCUUCGACUCUCACCUGAUUUAGGAUUAAGGAAGGCUACACUAGACUUUAUUUGCGCAGUAGCAUCAUAACUUCUAGGUUAAUUCAAGUAAAACGAGUUGCCUUUUCUUGGAGGAAAGAAGUGAUGUCGAUCAAACAAGCUUAUUAGACCAGCAGAUGCUGGAUCACUAACUAUCACUCAGAAGGCUUGUGUCAAGUGUACCUAUAUUUUUUGUUGGAAAUCACUCAAUAAUAAUUACAUGAAACUAAAAUUUUCCACAAAAUGGCAAGUGCGACGAUAGAGUGCGACAUUUGUAAUGAGAACUUCGACUCGGGCAACCACAAACCGCUUUGCCUAACCUGCGGCCACACGUUUUGUUUCUCUUGCAUAACAAAUUUACUAAGACUCCCUGGAACUCAAAAUUGCCCACAAUGUAGGAAACCAUUUUCUCAACAAAUUGAUCAAAUUAUUGUCAACUACGUAUUGAUUCCUUCUGAAAACACGGCUCGCGGACAUCCCCCGAGCUCGCAGUCAGAGGCACCGUGCCUCCAUCAAGGGAAGGCCCUGGAUUACCUGUGCGUGGACUGCAUGGAACUCGUGUGCUUUGCGUGCACCAGGGGCACACAUGUCACGCAUAAAAUUGAGUUAAUAGGCAACCUGUCGCAGGAGAAUCAAGCUGUUUUGAGCUCAUGGAUGAAAAUACGGACAACAAUGCACGAUAAACUGGGGAGCGGGAAUAACCUAGUCUCUGUGUCAGACGAUAUAUUGAGUUUGAUGGAUGAAAUCCUUAACCUGAAGACUGACUUUCAUGGAUGGAAAGAUUCGCUGGCCCAAAAAAUGUCGAAAGAACACGACCUCCAUGCCUGGGAUGUCACGCUCUCCGGUGUGGAUGAGAACCAGCGACAUGAAUGCAGGGAAAUGCUUUGCCGUCUAAAAUUGAAGCCUCCAGAAAAUGUGGAGAUACCAGAGAUCAGAGCGAGGUUGAAUGCAGCUUUGAAAAAAUGCGAUUCAUUACAGAUUCAAGGGCCUGCUGUCACGGCGACGGCGCGACAGUGCCCCGGCGCUGGCGCGGCCCUGCCACGAAUUCAAAACGACCUUCAGGCGCCACAUCCAAAGGGCGCAACUGCGGGAGCGACUCCUCGAACAUUCCAGGUUCCUGUGCUGACAUAUGAGCACGGUGUGCCUUGGACAGUCACCAGCUGCGAUGAAGGAGAGCGAGCUGUCGCCAGCCUGUCCAGCAACAUCAAGCCCAGUCGCCUCGUGGUGGUGUCCACCCACACCAGCCCCAUCCCGGGGCUGGGGCAGCUGCUGACCCGCCUCGCCGCCCACCACCGCGGCGACAUCAGCCUGCUGCCCCUGGACUCCUUCUGGGCGCCGCCAGGACAGCCGGAUGGAGGCAUGGGAGCCAUCAUCAACAAGUCAGGUGUCCGCCUUGAUACAAUGUACGGCUCUCAUGGUCAGUUCUUAGACUACUUCAACAAGCGACAUCGCGUCGGAAUGCAGAGCGGAGCAACUAGAGCGUGGCCUUGCAGGAUCGGUCUACGUUUAGGCGGAAACGACUUCUACUGGUCUAAAUAUUUACCAAAGAAAAUUGACGAUGCUUGUUGUGUCAGAGGAACGCCUCGCAAUGUCAGCUCAAAAUUACGGAAGAAUGGUUGUAGGGUCACCCGCUGGCACUUCCCAAACGUCUGCGACGACGACUUGGACUGGAUGAUCUCCAUCCUGCACCGAUUUAAGGAUUCUCGCCUGAGUCUGGUCUUACCGAGAAAUGGCCUCACCGCUACGGGCGCUCGUCGGCUGUUCGCGAAGCUCCCCCAAAUCCGGGAGGUAUACCACGACCCUGGCGCGGCGCUCCUCAAGUCAGCUGGCAGUGCACCUGAUCUCUCCUUCAUCGAGUUGUCAACGAACAACAUCAUUCAUUGGAUAUGAAAUUCUGCCGCGUGGAAGUUUUUUGAGCGGUUGGUGGAUCGCAAAUUGCCGGGCAAGAUGAUUUGAGACCUGGCCUGCUUAUCAAGACAUUAUUCACUGGCGGUCUUGCGGUGAUAUGUAGAGAAAUUGCAAAAGAAAUACUACUCAGAAUCAUUUUAAUCAUAUGGCAUAUUGAAUCUUGUUUGGUCUAGUGUGUUUCGUGCUUUUAUUCGUAUAGUAAUCCCACAACAGUGGUUUAAGGACAAGUAUAUGGUUGAUGCAACAUUAUAUUGUUUUCGAAAAUUGUUAUUGUAACUUGAGACGAAUUUGAACAGUGAUUACAUUUAAUCUUGUUUAAGUGAUAUACCAAGGGGUCACCUGUCCAUUCGAAUGAGACUUCACGAAAAAUUAAAUUAAAACAAUGACUGGAAUCAUUAUAAUAA